UAAAGUUUUUGUAAUGCUGUUGAAAUACAAUCUUCCAGGAUAAAUUGUAACGCGUGUGAAUUUAUCUCCUAACUUUAUUGUAAAUCGUAGUUUGUGUUUCGCAGAACUUCAAUUUCCACCUCAAUGUACCAAGCUCUUUGUGAACGAUACAACGAGUUCAUAUUAAUCUGAAGAUCUAUGAAAAAAGAUUCACGUGGGGGACCUGUUUAGUAUUCGGAACUUGGAUUUCGUCUGUGCAAACCGUGCAAAUCAAAGGUGUUAUAUACAGCGCUAUCAAGCCCUACUGUUCUCUCUUAUUUUUCGGGGUCCUUCCUCAGGCUGGAUUCGACCAUAGGAGGCGCUCAAUAAUCAGUACGAAGAAGAGCGUACAAGUGAAACGAUGUUGUAACUAACGGCCAAAAUGGAAGAGCAAAGCGUUCACAGCAGUAUCAGUGAUAUAAAUAGUGAAGAGGCAGUUAGAAGUGAACCUGUGAUUAUUCCACGUAAAAAGAGAAUAUGCUUAAUUGGUGCAGCUGGGAAUGAUCCUGCACUUGGUGCUACUGCACAGCAGUUUAGCGUACCUGUCCUUAAAUCAGAAACUGGUUUAGAAUAUAUAGAAGAUACAACAUAUUGUACUUACUUUAUAUUAAAGCAGUUUGAGGGACCUGAAUAUGAUGUUCUUCAUAAAAGUGCUCAUAGAAUAUUGGGACCGACGGCUCUUCUGCAGUUAGCAGAAAGAAAGGACUCACUACCUAGUAUUAGCAGACCAAUGUAUACACAAGCUAUGGUAGGCACAGUAGUAGUAUUUACCGGAUUUAGGAAAAAGGAAGAACUGACCAAAUUGAUCAACAUGAUUCAUAAUAUGGGUGGAAGUAUUAGAAAAGAAAUGGGUGCAAAAGUGACGCAUCUCAUUGCUAAUUGUUGCGGUGGAGAUAAGUACAGAUAUGCUGUGACCUUUCGUGUGCCAAUAAUGUCAAUGGAUUGGGUGACAGCUUUAUGGAAUGCCAAAGACGAUAUUUCCAAUUAUGGAAAUAAUGAAGAACUGAUCACAACUUAUAAGCUGAAGCCAUUUUUUGGUGCAAAAGUAUGUUUCUUUGGUUUCCCUGAAGAAGAGAAACGUCACAUGUGUGAAGUUUUACAACAACAAGGUGGUAAAUCGACAGAAAUUGAUGAUCCAAAUUGUACGCAUGUGGUUGUGGAUGAAUCAAAUGUAAAUGCGUUGCCAGAUUUAGCUUCUGUUAGAGCUCACAUUGUGAAAGCUGAAUGGUUUUGGACAUCUGUGCAAAAUGAAGGUGCAGCUGAUGAAAAGGAGUAUUUAUUUGAAGAUUAUUUGGAAUCUGUUCUAUCGCCUGCAAUAUCUGCUAGACGUGAUAGUCAACCAACAACGACUCCGAGUACAGCAUCUACAAGACGAAAACGUAAACGUUUGGCAGAAACUUUAUCUAGUCUGGUUCAAAAUGGUACCGAUUCACCAGCUCUGCAUAAAAGGCGAUCCAGCAUCAGUGAUGCAGGACUUUUGAGUGUUAGUGGAAGUUUUCUUGACUGCACAGCAAGCCCAGAUAAGCCAUUACUUGAUGAUAUUCCAGAAGUGGAAGCUGUUAAUGUGGACAGCUCUAGGAAAAAUUUGUCACCGCGUCAUCAAGUUUUCUUAGAAUUAGUACAAACAGAGUCAAAUUAUGUUGGCAUUCUCAGUACAAUUAUGACAUUGUUUAAGUCACCAUUAGAAGAUCUCAUAGAUACAAGCGGCGAGUUAUUAAAUGGUACUGAAGCUAAAAUUAUAUUUGGUAAUUUUCCACCCAUUUAUGAAGUCCAUAAAAAAAUGUUAGAAGAAUUAAGGUAUAGUGCAACACACUGGAUGGAGGACAUUAGUAUAGGCAAUAUAUUUUUGAAGUUUGCACCUGACCUAGUCAAGGCAUAUCCACCGUAUGUCAACUUCUUCGAAAAUACAAAAGAAAUGCUCGACCAGUGUGAUCAAAAUAAACCUCGAUUUCAUGCCUUUCUGAAAAUUUGCCAGACAAAACCCGAAUGUGGUCGACAAAGCUUAAAGGAGUUACUGAUUAAACCAGUACAACGGUUACCCAGUAUUAGUUUAUUAUUAAAUGAUAUCCUUAAACACACAAGUAAAAAUAAUCCAGAUCAUAGCGCACUGGAGUUAUCAAUUAGCAGUAUUAAGGAAGUCAUGACGUACAUAAACGAAGAUAAAAGAAAAACCGAGGGUCAAUUAGUUAUGUUUGACAUUUUCAAUGAGAUUGAUAACUGUCCGCCGCAUUUAGUUUCUUCGCAUCGGUCAUUUAUUGGUAAAUGUGAUGUGAUGGAACUCAGUGAAGGUUUAAGUGGACGUGGUGAUCAUUUAGUUUUGUUCCUGUUUACCGAUACACUCGAAAUAUGUAAGAAAAGAUCAAAGGCCUUCAAUUCGUUAAAAAGUCCCAAUACAGCAAAUGGAUUGCAUACAACAAAAUUAAGUCAAGGGAAACCAUAUAAACAUAUUAAAAUGUUAUCACUUAGUACGAUAAAAAAGGUUGUGGAUAUACGAGAAACUGACGAAUGUCAUAAAGUAUUCGCUCUAAUGGUAAGAAGUAAUCAAGAGUUGAAAGAGAAGCUGUUUUCAUUUACAAUUACGGAUGAAGAAGUAAAUAAAACGAAUUAUUUACGGACUUUGUGUAGGCAAAUGGCUAAUACAGUAUGUAAAGCUGAUGCGGAUACGUUCCUGAUAAGUCUUGAUUCGCAUCAACUUGAAAUUGACACAAGUGAUGUAGCAUUAGGAACUUUAAGUAAAGCAUUUAAGAGCCUAUUUCAUAAUUUUUACCUGGAGUAUAUGGACCCGUAUGUGUUCCUACUCAAUAGCAUGUGUGAAACCACAUUACAUGUCCCACUACCGUUUGCAUCUAGAACAAGGAUGAAAGUCGGCAGAGCGUUUAGCUUUAACAAAACUCCAAGCAAACUGAAAAGAGCAAUGUCAACAAUGAUGUCACCAUUCGGAUCAACCAAUAGCCUUACACCAGCAAGUCAACAACUUGCACAGAUGCGACUUGCUAGUUGCAACAAUAUUAACGAGCUGGGUAAUGGUGGUUCAGGCUCGCCAUCUAGAGAUGAUGUUCUAGUAGCACCCAUGUCGGUUCAGCCGACACGAAAGGCCAAAUGCAGUUCCCUCAGUAUGGCUUCGUUAAGAAGAAAUUGUUCAGAGGAAGUCAUGAAGGACAAAUCCGAUCUUUGAAGUACAGAGCAUGAAUAAUGCGCAACUUUUUCUUUGACACCAUUGAAUUGUUUGUGUGAAAAAGUAGAGAGACUUCGAAAAAUGAUGGGAAGCUAAUACGAUGGGAUUUUUAUAAUAUGAUAAAAGUGUUGGUCUUCGAUA